CAGGACGUCAGUUUAAUCAUACGUGGCUAUAUCCAUAUAUCGAUUGUUUCGAUAGGGGUCAGUAGUGGAUAGUUGUGUUUCACUUGUCAGCCUGACGUAUUCGGCGUUUCUUCUACUUUCUACUCGUGUUACAUAUGAUUUUUGUCUUCUUUUAUAUAAAAAUUUGACCUAACUUGGAUAUGAUAAUAUUAUUUUUUCUUUAAAAAAGAUUUUAUUAAAAAUAAUCGAUUAUGAAGUAUCAACAGAUCACCGUCGAUUUUGUAAAUAUGGUGUUCACUGCUUGUUCCUAUUUGGCUCUUGCUGGUGCUGUUUGGAUAUUUUUACGACUCAUCCAAGCAUGUUUUUGGUUACCGCGCCAUUUAAAAAGACAAAAUCAUGUCCAACGAAUGCUGCAAGAUAAGAUGGAAAACUAUGAGAAGUAUAUAUUAGAAUGUGAAAGAAAAGAAAAGAUUGAACAGGAAAUGCAAGGCGGAGAUGCCAAACCAAAUCCUGAACAAGCUGAGAAAUGGAAGGAACGAAGGGAAUGUUUGGAAAUGUUGAAGAGGGAAUUAAGUAAGAUUCGAGAUGGUGGUGAUGAUUCGCAAGACUGGGACUAUCUUUUAGAAGAAGAGGAAACAAAAGAGGAAAAAGCUAAUAUCACAGAAAUUCAAGAUGAUAAAAUUUCUAAAGAUGGACAUAAUGACGAAGUAAACACAAACAUUAAUCCAAUAAUCAACUCAGAAAAUAAAAAAGAUAAAUAAUUACAUUUUAUACUAUUUCUGUAACAAAUAGAUGAGGUUUAAAACCUUUUAGAUCCGUAAAAAAAAAAAAAAAAAAAAAAAAGAGAAUUCAAAGUAUUUAAGAAAUAUGCGAAAUAUGUAUUAAUAGUUAUAUUUUAAUCGAUUCGUGAAAUGUAAACAGAGAAAGUAUUAAUGUCAUUUCUAACAAUA